AUGAUUUUAUUCUCCUGGAACAUUCCUAGCGGGCUUCUAGCCCUCGUGGUGGGCAUCUGCUAUAAUCACGAGCCGAAAAGCUUUCUCAAGCAAACCUUCCACCAACUCGAAAAGGCAGGUAUCCAGGAAGUGAGGUUCUCACUUGGAAUCAUCACCUUAAUAGUAGGGAGUACUCUGGGGCUUUCAGAGCAGGAGGAAAGUAACUCAGACGUCAUCAAGGGAAUGCCUGCGCUGUUACUCAGAUCUACUACAAGCUGGAUUCGAACCAGCGCUCCCGAAGGAACCAGAUUUCUAGUCUGGCGCGUUAGACCGCUCCGCCAUAGUGCCUUGGAUGAAAGGAUUGCCACAAUCCUUAUCCAAGUCGUCUACCCGUCAAAGCUGCAAGCGACAGUUGUUCCAUCAGAAUCAACCUCGAGAUACUCAGAUCACCAGUAA